CGGCCGUGACUGAUACUGAUACCGAGUUUUAAAACCUUUGGUGUACAAAGCCAGUUUCGUUUCGUUCAGGUUCAGAGAACAACAACUACGGUAACGGCAGUCUAAAGCAGUCAACGACGGGAGUUCUCAAAAUUUCUUGUCUGUGAUAAGGUCUCUCCUCUUGCAUUCUCUGAAAGGUCGCAUGGACAUGACCCUUUCUACUCUCCAGAGAUUAGCUAUGACGCCUGUGAUGAACUCCAAAAGCUCUCAGAAUGUCGCCGUGAUUGGUGCUGGCGCUGCCGGCCUUGUCGCAGCUCGAGAACUGCGAAAGGAAGGCCACAAAGUUGUCGUCUUCGAGCGAGGCCAGAAGGUCGGAGGUACUUGGAUCUACGAUCCCAAUGUCGAGUCUGACCAUUUAGGACUCGAACCUUCCCGAGCCAUCGUCCACAGCAGUCUCUACGAUACCCUCCGCACCAAUCUUCCCAGAGAAGUCAUGGGUUUUCGAGAUUAUCCGUUUGUGGCUAAGGAAGGCAAAGACAGGGACGCUCGAAGGUUUCCCGGGCACCGGGAGGUCUUGCUGUAUCUAGACGACUUUACUCGCGAUUUUGAACUCACCGAAUUGGUUAGGUUUGAGACUGAGGUGUUUCAUAUAAGGAUGGAAGAAGGGAAAUGGAUUGUCAGAUCGAAAAAGCGAGCUCCAACUGAUCGAGAAGAUUCGCAAAUCGAUAUGGAUGAGGUUUAUGAUGGUGUAUUGAUUUGUAAUGGCCACUAUACAGAGCCCCGUAUUGCAGAAAUUCCUGUUAUUGAUUCAUGGCCCGGGAAGCAAAUGCACAGCCACAAUUAUCGUGUCCCUGAUCCAAUUCGUGAUCAAGUUGUGAUUUUGAUAGGGAGUUCGUCUAGUGCUUCUGAUAUCUCCAGGGACAUUGCCAGAGUAGCAAAAGAAGUUCUUAUUGCCGCCAGAUCUGUUAUAGAUGAAACAAUCAGAAAGCAGCCUGGCUAUGAAAAUAUAUGGCUUCAUCCUAUGAUAAAGAGUGCUCAUGGAGACAGCACUAUGCUAUUCAAAGAUGGGAGUUCAGUCCUUCCUGAUGUUGUUCUACACUGCACAGGAUACAAAUAUCAUUUCCCUUUCCUGGACACUCGUGAUAUUGUCACUGUAGAUGACAACUGUGUGGGACCACUUGACAGACAUGUUUUUCUGCCAUCGUUGGCACCAUGGCUCUUUAUUGGCUUACCAUGGAAGAUUAUUCCUUUUCCUUUGUUCGAAUUACAAAGCAAGUGGGUAGCUGGUAUUUUAUCUGGCCGGAUUGUGCUUCCAUCACUGGAGGAAAUGAUGGAAGAUGUGAAUAAUUUUUACUCAAAAAUUGAAGCUGCUGGCUGGCCCAAAAGAUAUACUCACAACAUGGGAGAUUAUCAGUUUGAGUACGAUGAUUGGCUUGCAACAGAAUGUGGGUGUUCAGUCACAGAGGAGUGGAGGAAGAAAAUGUAUGAUGCAAAUGGGAGAAACAAGCAUGCCCGACCAGAAACAUAUCGUGAUGAGUGGGAGGAUCAGCAUCUGAUCUUGCAAGCAAAUGAAGACUUCCUCCAGUACAAAUGAAGACUAUCCAACUUUAUGUAAUCUUAAGCCCCACUCCGGAUCAGUGGUUCCUAUGCUCGUGUUUGCAUCAAGCGAUCGGGCGGUUAGAACUUAGACGACGAUUCCUGAUUCCUUGACCCCACCCCAUUAUCCACCACAGUCCAAGGCUUCUUUGUUCGUAAUUUUCACGGCACGCUUUAGUGUGGGGGACUGGGGGGAGUGGGGACCGCUUUCUAGAGUUAGCCCCACCUCCCCAAAACAAGCGAAAAUGAUUUUUUUUUUUUCUUUUUCCCAACAAGUGAAAAGGAUUACCACUCGAAACAACUGAACUGCAGUUGAUGUUAUUAUCUAUGCCACUGGGUAAAAAGACAAAGGGAAAAUAUGAAGAUUAGUUAAAAA